AUGCAGUUCGAAACUCACAUCCCCUCUGAAUUUGUGCCCAUCACAGAUGGUACCAAUGAAUACCGCUGGAUCAUGACCAGCCAGGAGCGAGCCCACCUUGCCGGUCUGCUCGAUGCCGACGAUAUGCCAGAUAUAUCGAUCAUUGGCAAAAAGUCCACUAUCCCCCGUGGCGGGAAUGUUAUGAUGCGUGAGAGAGCUGUCUGCACUUCCUCGGCAAGCAUUCCAGUCUUGAUGAUCUUGUUCAUAGUGCGCUAG